CGCCUCGUCUCCUUCAGCGCGACCCACCGGCUCCACAGCAAAUGCCUGAGUAACGAAGAAAACUUGAAACUGUAUGGAAAAUGCAACAACCCAAAUGGCCAUGGACACAAUUAUAAAGUUGUGGUGACCGUUCAUGGGGAGGUUGAUCCUGUUACAGGGAUGGUUAUGAAUUUGACCGACCUCAAAGAGUACAUGGAGGAGGCAAUUAUGAAGCCCCUCGAUCAUAAGAAUCUGGAUCUGGAUGUGCCAUACUUUGCAGAUGUUGUAAGCACAACAGAAAAUGUAGCUGUAUAUAUUUGGGAAAACCUCCAGAAAUUUCUUCCUUUGGGAGUUCUUUAUAAAGUAAAAGUAUAUGAAACUGACAAUAAUGUUGUCGUCUAUAAAGGAGAGUAGCUUUUAGGGGUUCAUACUGUGGAGAGAUUAAUUUCUUCCCACAUUUGAAAAAGAUCUGUUUCCUCUUGAAUUAUUAAGAAGUCAUCACAGAAUCAUUAGACCUUCUCCUUGUGUCCUGGUGCCUGAUUUAUUGAAACCAUUGUGUGCAAGACCUAUUGUGAAUUCAGAUCUGUUUUCAAACAAAACUUGUUAAAAACACCCUGAGUAUCAUUUAGAGAAUCUUUUAUCUAUAGAUUAAAAAUCACUUCAUUUUCAGGAAAAUGUUGUGGUGUGGAAUUUAAAAGCAAAAUAAAUCAAAUUUUGUUUUCCAUCA